AUGAAUUAUCAAGCUUCAGGUUCAAUGAGAGAGAUUAAAUUUGAAUUUAAUUUAAAAUAAAAUUUAAAUAAAUUAUAAAUUUAUAUUGGAGGAUCAGGAAUGGUAAUUCAAUAUUUAAUUAUUUUAGAUUAAUGGAUAUUAAGUCGGAAUAUUUAAAGGAAGAUUAUCAAAACUUUUUAUUCAUCAUUUAGAUUUAUAAUUUGAAGAGAUAUUUAAUGAAAGAAUUAGUGAGUUAAGAAUUAAUGAAAUUAAUUAAAAAAUUAGUUUAAUUCCUGAUCUUCUCAAUUUUGAUGGUAUAAUUUAAAAAGAAUUUGAAUUUGAUUAAUUUGGUAGAAAAUUUAGUAUUUUUGGUUGGGCUAAAUAUUAUUUUUAUAAUGCUUAUUCAUUAAAAUAGUAUUUAUUAGUUAGAUUAACAAUUUUUAAAAAUUAUUAAAAUGAAAUUGAUAUUGGUGAUGAAGUAUUAAAAAUUGUAGCAAAUAUUGAUUUAUUAGACAGUUAUAAUUGUGGAUAUGAUAUUACAUCUCAUCAUUAUUCAAUGCCAUAUCCUAAUCGAAUAUAAGCAGAAGCAAUGAAUGAUAAAAUCACAUUAAGAGAAGAUUUACCAUAUUAAAAAUUAUUAGCUAAAUGGCAUUUUAUUUCUUUUGAAUAUGGGAUUAUCGAAAAAAAAUAUAAAACAUAAUUUAUAUUAAGUUAUUUUGAAAAUUAAGAAUUGAUAUCUAAUACUUAUUAUUUAGGAGAUGAAAUAUAUAAAGGAUUAUUUAUAAAUACUAAAUUUUAUGCUAUUUUUGGUGGUGAUUAUACUAUUUAUGAAAAGACUUUAGGAUAAUUAUCAGGAUUUUAUUUCGUUUCAAAUUAUUAAAAUGAUUUAAAUAUUUAAUUUAGUAUAAAUAUACAAUAUUUUUAGCUUGUCAUAAAACUUGUUAAACUUGUAAUGGUCCAUUAAAUACAAAUUGUUAAUCUUGUUAUGAUGAAAGAAUAUUUUUGGACGAUUUACAAUAAUGUGCAUGUCGACUUGGAUAAAUAGAAAAGAAUUAAGGAUGCUACUAAUUUAAUGAUAUAUAUAAAACAAUAAGUUUAGUAGAAAUAAAAGAAGAAUUAAAAAAAUCUUAAUGUCUGUUUGGAUAUUUUUAUAUUCCUAUAAUUUAAUAAUGUAUAAAAUGGUAAUCAUUUUUCUUAAACUAUUUAGUCCAUAAUAGAAUUCAUAUAAUUUAUUUUGUGUAGAUUGUAUAUUAGAUUAAACAGGUUGGUAUAAAAGACCUAUAUGUAAAACUGAUUUUAUAACACAAUAAGUUACAUAAGAUUAAGAUGCAUAUACAUAAUAAAUAAGAUCUACUUAAGAUUAUGAUUUGUAUUACAUAGAUAAUAAUUAUAAUUUAAUAUUAUUAGAUGGUGUUUAUGAUUUUUGUGAUAUUACUUAAAUUUAAUCAGAAAAUUGUUAUGAAUUAGGAGUAUAACAUUUAUAAAAUUUUGUUUUUGGAUUAUGUAAGAAAAAUCUUUAUUAUACAAACAAAAGUUGUAAAUUAUUAGAUAUAUUUUGUAUUAAUGUAAAUUAAAAUGAAUAAAAAUGUCUUGAAUGUUAGAGUGGUUAUUAUGUAUCCGAAGAUUAUAAAUCUUGUUUGAAAUGCCCUAAAUAUUGUUUAAAUUGUUAAAGUUUAACAAUUUGUUUAAAUUGUUAAAUGGGUUUUGGACUAAAAAAUGGUUAAUGUACAAACUGUGGUGAGUUUUGUAAAACUUGUAAAUAUUCAGAGAAAUAUAAAAUAAUGUAAUGUUAAACUUGUCUUGAUAAUUAAUUAUAUUAUUUAUCAUUAAAUGGUUAUGAUUGUAAGAGAAAUAUAAUAGAAAAUUGUAUUUAUGCAUUUGAAACUUCUAAUUCAAAUUACACAAUUAAUUCUUUAGACUAUGAUUUCAAGCCAUAUGAAAAUUAAACAACUACUUAAUGUGGAAGAUGUAAAGAUGGCUAUUAUUUUUUUUUAUUAAAUGAAUAAACAGUUUAACCAAAAGAUCAACCAACAGAUUAUCCAAUAGAUCAACCAAAAGAUUACCCAAUAGAUCAACCAAAAGAUUAUCCAAUAGAUUAACCAAAAGAUUAUCCAAUAGAUUAACCAAUAGAUUAUCCAAAAGAAUAUCCAAAAGAUUAUCCAAUAGAUUAACCAAUAGAUUAACCAAAAGAUCAACCAAUAGAUUAACCAAAAGAUCAACCAAUAGAUUAACCAAAAGAUUAACCAAUAGAUUAACCAAAAGAUCAACCAAUAGAUUAACCAAAAGAUUAACCAAAAGAUCAACCAAAAAAACAAUAAGUAAAAUGUCAUGAAGGAAGAUAUAAUAUAUGCUCAUAGUUUUAUGAAAGACCUGGUGGUGAUAUAUAUACUAAUUAAUAUUGUUUAUUUGGUCCUUAUUAAUAAGAAGAUGUUGUUUAUUCUUUUUCAGAUAAAUGCCCAAAUAUGAAAUUACAUUGUGUACUUUGUGUGAUUGAAUAAUUAUCUACUUAUAUACGAGUAGAUUAAUGUACUAAUGAAGCGCAUCUAGUAUUUGAUAAAGUUUCACAUGUAUGUCUUGUUUGUGAGAAUGGGUAUUAUGCAGAAAAAAAAACAGGUUAAUGUUAAUUAUGUCCAUCAAAUUUAAAUUGUUUGAGUUGCUAUUAAUAAAAUAAAUUUACUAAAGAUAAUUGGAAAAUUGCAAUACGUCCUUAUUAUAGAGCAGUUGUUGAGUCAGAAGUAAAUAUGCAUAAAUUUACUUAAUAUGGACUAAGUUAAGAUGAUUCUGAUUAUGAAAUUCUCUGUAAUGUAUGUAAAUCAGGAUAUGAACUACUUGGAAAUUAAUGUAUAUAAAGCUGUCCUGAAUCAUGUUUAGAAUGUGUUUUAUUGAAUUCUAAAAAUAUUUGUGUAAAAUGUCCUAAAAGUCAAAAUGGAAGAAAUCGUAGUUUAAUAAAUAAUUAAUGUAUUAGUUGUCCAACUAAUUGUAAUUUUUGUAUUUAAAGAGAUGAAAAAGAACUACUAUCAAUCAAUCCACUAUUUAAUAUUAAUUCAGAAUUUCAUCAUUAUUCAUAUCAAUGCAUUUCAGGAUUUAAAGGAGUUUUAGAUUAAGAUUUAGGUAUUUAUAUAGAUUGUGAAAAUGGUACUUGCUUUAAAUAAAUAGAAAUAAAUUUAAAUUUAAUUUGUAAUCUAAAUGAAUAUUAAUAAUAAAUUGAUUAAUUAAAAACAGAACAUGAAAAAACUUAGUUCAGAGAAUCAAAUAUUUUAAGUGAUCAUUUAUUUUCAUCCCAAAGCUUUUUUUAAGUAAUAUUUCAAUCUCUAAUUAUAGUUUGAGACAAACCAAUUUUAUACUUUUGCUAAUUAAUAAUCAAUCAAAAAAAUCUUAAUAAAGAUUUUUGGUCAAAAAAAUUAAAGAUGCUUAGUAAAUGAUUAAUUAAAAAUUUAACAGAACUUUAGUACAAAUAUUUUUUCAACUAUGUAAUUAAAUAAUUUUAUAAAUUAGAAAUGUAGAACUCGAAAUUUAUGGUAAUAAUAUUACAUCUUUUUAAUUUUAAAAAUAACUAUUUUUUUCCAAUUUUAGAAAAAUACAUAUUGAAGGAGUUUAACUUGAAGUAGAGUACUUUAGUUUUGGUCCAAAUUUACUAAAGUUUUCAAGUGUUUUUGAAUAAACUAUUGAAUUAGUUGAUGUAGUUUAUUAAUAAAACUUUAAUUUAACUACUUUCUAUACCAUUAUGGAAAAUGCAAAAAAUGUCUUUAUAAAGAACUUUUUGGUAAAAAAUUGCACGAGAAAAUAUCCUAUUGAUGCUUUUAUUAAGAUAUAAUAAAUUAAUACUAUGCAGACAAUCAAGAUAUAAAAUUUAAAAAUAAUUAAUAGUUCAUUUUCAAAUGUAAAAUUAUUUUGGUUUGACCUCAAGUUAAAUGAUUAGGUUGAAAUUUAAAAUGUAAAUAUUGAAUCAACUAAUUUUGAUUUAGCAUUUAUAUAUUAAACAAAUGGCUUAUUAAAAAUUAAUUAAAUAAAUAUUUAUUCAUGUUAAAUAUACUCUUUAAAUGGAUUAUUUGAAAUUAAUACCUUGCAAGAUUUUGAAUUAUUCUCAUUAAAUUUUUUAAAAAAUUAAGUUUAUAGAGGCAGCAUAAUAAGUGUCAAUUAAUAAAUUAAAAUGAUAAAAUUAAACUUUGUUGAAAAUUAUCUCUACAACAAUUCAUUAAUUAUAUAAAAUGAAAAAUCUAACAUUGAAUAUAUUUUAAUGUAGGAGAUUAAAUUUGAAUUAAAUUAAUAUAACUAAAAUGCUAGCUUCAUUAAAAUCACUCCCCACAUAUUUUCUAAUAAAUAAAUGAUUAUAAAUUAAUUAUCGAUGAUAGAUAACAAAUUAUUAUCAUUACCUGUAUAAUCAACAUUUUCUCUUUUAAAUGAAGCUUUAAUUUAUUUAGAAAUAAAUACUAUAAAAAUAGAACAAUUAAUAAUUCAAAAAGCAUAUGGGAUACAUGAUUUAUUAAUUAUUAAUGCUAAUGAAUUAAAAUUAAAUUAAAUAAGAAUAUAACAACAUAAUAAUUAAAUAUCUAAAAGGCUUUUUUAAAAUUUGGAUUGCUUUUAGAAAUUUCUUGUUAAUCAUUAUGAUAGUCUUUAUAUGAAAAUCAUAGAUGUUCCUAUGAUUGAUAUAAAAUAUUUAGUCAUUUAAAAAGCCUAAUCAAUUAAUAACCCUAUAAUUGAAAUAAAAAGUUCAAUUCUUAAAUCUUAAAUAAAGAAACUUAUUUUUAUGUCUGAUAUGCAAUUCUAUGAAAAUUUACUUUUGACUACUAAUAAAUUUAAGUUAAAUUCAAUAAUGAAAAUAUUAUCUGAAGAAGAUUAUCAAAUAGAAAUCAAAAAUUCAUAAUUUGAAAGAAAUUUGAUGCAUUAAUAUAUAUACAUAGAUCAAAUCAAUUCUGGAUCAAUUUUCUUUUUUGAUUGUAAGGAUUGUACAAUUCUAUUAGAUAAUUUAAAAAUUAAAGGAAAUAUUGUUACAAACUCUUCUAAUAGCAUUAUUUACAUACAAACAAAAAGUAUAGAAAUAAAAAAUUGCACUUUUAUUUAAAAUAGUUUAUUUGAUUAUUCCCUUUUAUAACCAUAUUUAUAUUGGGGGUUUGAGAACGAUUAAAAUAUUUUUAUAGAAUAAAUAAUUGAAAAAUUCCCAAUAAAAGUUAAAACAGGAAAUGGCAAAAUAAUAUGUCAAUAAUUAAUGAUGAAAAAUAUCUUUAUUUAUAAUUCAACCAGUUCAGGAUUUUAAAUUUAUUUAGAAAAAGAUUCUUCUCUAUUAAUAUAGGAUGUAAUCAUAAAAUUUAUUAGUGCAUUAUUUAUAAGUGAAGAUGAAAAUGGUGGAGCAUUCUUGAUUGAUACUUCUAUUUCUGUUUCUACAAAAAUAUAAUUUUUAAAUAUAAUAGCAACUAAUAUUAUAAACAGAAAUAAAGGUGGAUUUAUUUAUCUGUAAAAUCCUUUAGAGAGCACAACUAUUUAACUAGAAAAUCUAAUAAUUAAUGAUGUGUAUUCUUUAAAAGGAUCUUUAAUUUAUGUUGAAUUUUCAUCUUAUACUAAUUCUAAAUAAUAACUUAUUUUGGAAAACUUGGAAAUUAAAAAUACCUAUUAAGGUUAUUUAAGUUUUAUAAGUAAUUUUAAUUAAACAAAUUAAUAAUUAUUAUCUGAAUUAAAACUUGAGAGAAGCCUCAUAGAAAUUACUUAUUCAAAAUUAAUAAGUAUAAAGAAUUUACGUGUUAUUUCAUUAUUAUAUGAGGCUUUUGCUAUUUUUUAAUAGACAUUAAAAUUAGAAAUCCUAAAUUGCAAAAUUUUAAAUUCUACAUUACAAAAUUCCCUUCUUGAAUUAAAUUAAAUGUAAGAAAAUUCUCUUAUAAAAAUUGUGGGUUUUUAAGUUUCUAAUAUAGAAUUAUUUGAUCAAAUAUUUAGUGGAGAUAAAUGUACCUCCAUUUAAAAAAAUGAUUAAGAGCUACAAUAAAAAUGCUCAGAUAAUUUAAGUCUUUAAGAUUCCCCUAAAAUGUUAAUAUCUAAGUUUGUUAAAGAUCAUUUAUUAAAUGGUUAUUGUAUUAUUAAUAAAAUGAAUAUUCAAAAGCAAUCAAUAACAGGGCUUAUCAAUAUUAAUCCAUACUCAACAUAGAUAUAAAUUUCAGAAUUAAAUAUAAAAAAUAUCAAUUGUAAAAUAUGUAAAUAAGGGUUACUUGACAUAAACAUAUAAGAUUAAUCAACUAGAAUAACAAUGAAUUCAAUUAUAUUCUUUAAUAAUUAAUGUGGCUCAACAAGUUGUUUGAAUAUUAAGAAAUCUAUUCAAGCAUCUAGAAUUUUGUAAUCAUUAAUUUAACAUAUUAAUGAAAAAAAUUAUGAAUUUAAAUUACUAAAAUAUAAAUGUAUUGGAAAUUAUGCUUAUCAAGGUACUUGUCUUUAAAUAUAAGAUAUAACAACAAUAAUUGAAGAUUCUAUAUUGUAAAAUAAUAGUGCUGAAUCAUAGGGGGGAUCAAUAUAUGUGAUAGGUAAUUCAAGUUUUUUUGUAUUAAAUACUGUCAUUAAAUUUAAUAAAGCUGAAUAUGGUGGGGGAGUAUUUCUAAAAGAUUAAAUAAUUUAAAAUUUAAAUUAAUAAGGAACACUAAUAAAUGAUAAUAAAGGAACUCUUUUCGGUGAUGAUUAUGCUUAACUUCCAUCUUAAUUAUCAAUUUCAAUUGAUUUAGAACAUAUAUUGCCAAAAAUAAAAAUAUUAGAGAAAGAAAAUAUUUUGAUAGAAUAAAUUCAGAUUCCAAAAUAUUAACUGUUUUAUAAUACUUAUUCUGGUUCAUUAUAUGUUCCGAAUGGAUAGAUUAUGUCAGAAUAUUAAUAUUUUGAUAUAUAGAAAUAGUAAUAUAUUGAAUAUAAUCUUCAUUUGAGAUUAUUUGCCUUAGAUUAAUAAAACAAUGUUUAAGAAAAAUUAGAUGGUAGUAAAUGUACAAUAAGUGGUAGGAUACUUAUUGAUAAUGAUGAUUCAGAUUUUAGAUAAGAUUUUAUGAGUCCUUAUUAAGCCAUAUUCAAUUAAACUGAUUAUAGUUUUGAUAAUACGACCUUUUAUUUAGAUAAUUAACAGAAUAAUAUCACAUUAUAAUUAUAAUUUCAUUGUGAUUCUAUAUUCACGCCUAUAUAUGGAAAAAAUAAAGAAAUUUUUGGAUAUCACAAUAAUUAUUUCUUAAGAAUGAAUAUAAAAUCAUUGCCUUGUUAACUAGGAGAAAUAAUUUAUGAUGGUAUUUGUUUACCUUGUAAUGCUACAUAAGGUUUAUAUUCAUUAGUUAUUAAUUCAAAUAACUGCUCUUAAAAAGAUGAUAUUUCAACUAGUGAAAUUAAAUCAGCAUAAAUAAAACUUAAAUCCGGAUUUUGGAGACCUUAUUUUGAUACUAAUUCUAUAAGUUAAUGUAUCAAUUUACUAAGUAAUUGCAAUGGUGGAUGGAUUGAAGGAGAUAUAUCUUGCUACACAGGCCAUAUUGGAGCACUAUGUGAAGAAUGCGAUAUUUAUAAUUCAAGAGGAUAGGGACAUUUUUCAAUAAGUUCAAAAUAUUCUUGUGGCCUUUGUAUUAACAAUAAUUAAAAUCUUAUUGCUAUUAUUGCAAUCAGUUUAUGGUAAAUGAUUAUUUUUAUUUAUUUAGGACUUUUAUUUCUAUAUUAAUAUCUGUAAGGAGUAAUGUAUCAUUAAAUGAAUAAAUGGUACUUAAAAAAGUAAUUUCAAGACUAAUUUUAUCUAAAAUAGAAUAUCAUUCUAAUUUUGGUAUCUUGAUUAAAAUGAUUACUCAUCAUUUGCAAAUUGUAUCUGUUAUUUUUACUUUUAAAAUUUCAAAUAUAAUUGGUAUUGGCGAAAUUUUUGUUGCUAUUGCCAAUCCAAUUUAAACUAUUACUCAUUCUCUUGAUUGUUUCCUAAAAGAUUUAUUCGAUUUUCAAAUACAUUAUUCUACUAUUGUUUGGUAAUUUAUUAUGCCAUUCAUAUAUAUUGGUUUAUUUUUCUUAUGUUAUUGGAUUGUAUUGAAAAUAUAUGAUGCUCAUUAUCGUUUAGCUGCAAUAACUACAACAUUAAUAUAUAUGUACAUUUACCUCUAACCAUCCUUGGUAGGUGGAUUGAUUAGUUUAAUAUCAUAUAGAUCAAUUUCUGGAUUUAAUUGGAUAUAAGCUAAUGUUGCCUAUAGAUAUGAUACUCUAACUCAUUAAUUAUGGUUAUUAAGAUUUAUAUUACCACUUCUUAUUGUAAUUGCUGUUAUUAUACCAUUCUAUUUCUUUAUUUCUUUGUACUUAAAUUAAUAAAUAUUACAUGAAAAAAGUACAAGAUAAAAAUGGGGAUAUUUAUAUAAUGAAUAUAAAUUAGAAGCUUAUUAUUGGGAAAUAACUAAAAUACUUUUCAAAGAAUUAAUGAUUAUCUUCCUUUCUUAUUAUGAUGAAAAUAUUGUUAAAAAAGGAAUUCUUUUGUUAUCAUUAGUUUAUAUAUAUUGGUAAUUAAGUUAAAAAUAGAAACCUUAUUAAUCAUUUAUAUUAAAUAAAUUAGAUGCAUAUUCAGCAAAUAUAUGUGGAAUAUCAAUUGCAGUUGGAAUUGGAAUAUUUAUUGAUUAAAAUAGUUAAGCUAUGGAAAUCUAAAUUCCUUAUUUCAUUAUUCUCCUUGUUCUUAAUUUACAGUAUUUAUCAAGAAUUUUCUAAGAAUUGGUAUCUUCUUUUAUUGAAGAAAAUACUUUAUUAUUUGACAAAAUUAAAGAUAAAAUUAUUACAAAUUACCCUUGGGUUUUAAAGUAUUAAAUAUUUAAAAAAUUGUUGAAAAAUAGAAAUAUCUAAAAAAAUAGAAUUUCCCUAAGAUUUCUUAAGUUAAAAAAAUACCUGAUUGGCUAAGCAAAAUAUCUGUUAAUAUGUAGGAGAAAUUAUGGUGUUAAAAUUAAAUCUAUAUCAUAUACAAAAAAUUAGAAUUCUCUAAUUUGA